AUGCAAGUGCAAAUGGCUCUAGCUCGUGUAACUCAGCGUCUUUUCGUGCCUCGUUUAGCAAAGAUCGUAGGUAGCCAGACUGGUUCAACACGGCAUUUUUUCCAUCGUCAUCAUUAUCAUAAAUAUCUACCGGAAACAUCUUUCGCACCUAUGGCCAACGUGUUUCAACGUUGGGAGAAAGAAUUUGAACGGAUGCAGAGUCAAUUUAACAAAUUCUUUCAAGAUUCAAAAGUCGAUCGUUCUGCUAUGGAUUUGACAUUUGAUGGCAAUAAUAAACUGUCUGCAACAGAGAAUGAUUUGAUUAUUACAGAACCAGAUGGCUCAAGAAAAUUUCAUCUAUCUUUGAAUACACAUGGCUUUGGACCAGAGGAUAUUAAAAUAAAGGUGCAAAAGGGUUCUCUGUCAGUUUCAGCAAAGAAAGAGAAAAAGGGAACAAACGGUUACUCUCUUCAUGAAUUUUCUCAAACAUAUUCAUUGCCAGAAGAACUAAAUAUCGAUCAGCUCAAAUCAACUUAUGCAGAAAAUGGCAUUCUUGUCAUCGAAGCACCAUUACCCGAGGCAAAGACUAAAAAUCGUCAAAUUGAAAUCGAACGUAUUAAAUAA